GUUGUGAAUCACCCAUCACCCACACUGUGAUGGCCUACAAUCGCAUCCAACGACCUCCAACCUUCCAAACUCAUCAGAACCAUCUUGCGCAUCUUGUCCACCUCGCCUUCUACUCAACUGAUCAACUAAAGGAUCUAGCCGAAUGUCAUCCGGAAUCGCAGCCCAGAGACGGACCGGCGCACCCGUCGUCGGCGAAGUAUUGAUGGACUUCGCAGACGGCGGCACCUACUCCCAAAAGACCCUCAGCGAAUCCAUCCUCGAAGUAGAAAAGAUCCGCAAAUCCUUUGAAGCCAAGAAACAGGCCGAACGCGUCGAGAGGGCGUUGAAGGAGGGCGAGUUGAGGGCGGGGGACGUUGAUGUUUUGGUCAAGGAAUUCUCAUUAACACCCAGCCAAGCCAAGACCUGCCUGAUCGAAUCGUCCGGAGAUUUGCGGGCUGCCGUCAAGUCGCUCUUUGAGGGGAGCGUCUUGCCCGCAGGAGCAUAAAGCAUAGAGCGUAGAGCAUGUCGACAGGGAAAUCAUUGGAAGACAAGGAGACACGGAAGGGAGGACGGGUAUAGAUGUAUGGUGUGACAUAUCAGGCGGAUCUGUUGUACAGCCGAUUAGUAAUACAAGUGCAUGCAUAGC